AUGGUUAUACUGGACGUAAAACAAAUUACUGAACAAAAUAAUUCUGUCUUAUUACCACCGACAGAUAUAACUGCGUAUAAUUUUCCUUUUCAACCAUAUAAUAUUCAAGUUGAAUUUAUGAAAAGCUUGUAUCAAGUUAUCGAAGAAGGAAAAGUCGGCAUAUUUGAAAGUCCAACCGGAACUGGGAAAUCUCUAAGUAUAAUAUGUGGAGCUCUAAAAUGGCUUAAAGAUAAUGAAGAAAGAUACAGCUCAAGUAAUCAUGUAAAUACUACUUGGACAGGAAAUCCUAAUGAGCCAUCUUGGGUCUUAGAAUAUAGUAAAAAUAAAAAACGCCAAGAAGAUUUAGUAAGAAAGCAAGAAUUAAAUAAAAGAAUUCAAAUGAUUAGAAAAAAAGAGAAAUUGGAAAGGCAAAAAGCAACUUAUCGAACAGUUGGUGGUAAUAAAAAGGAUCAUAGUAAUGGUUUAGGUUUGAAGAUAGAUAAAAGAGAUUAUGACAUGGAAGAGUAUUUGGUGGAAGAAUAUCAAAGUGAUGAUGACUCUGAAAAUCAUGAGGAGAAUGAUAACAUGUCCGCACAAGUGAGAGAACUUUUGAAAAGAUUUUUUGAAAUAAUUUUUCACGUAUCCGAAUUAUUAAUAUUGUUAAGUACUAAAUUCUUGUGUACACAGAUAUAUUAUUGUUCUAGGACACAUUCGCAAUUAACUCAAUUCGUUAACGAACUUCGUAAAACUGUGUAUGCAGAAGAUGUGAAAUGUGUAUCUUUGGGUUCGAGAAAAAAUUUAUGUAUUAAUGAAGAAGUUAGAAAAUUAAAAAAUAUUAAUAGAAUUAAUGAAAGGUGUUUGGACAUGCAAAAAGCAGGCAAAAAACCUGAAAAAAGAUGUCCGUAUAUUCCUAUAAGAGACAAAUCACGUAUGUUGGAUUAUAGAGACCACGUGCUAGCUUCGGUACGUGAUAUUGAAGAAUUAGUUGAUAUAGGUCGUAAAUUAAAUGCAUGUUCAUAUUACGGUACCCGAAAAAGUAUUAGACAGUGUCAGAUUGUUAUUCUUCCAUAUAAUCUAUUACUUCAAAAAUCUUCACGAGAAUCAAUGGGCAUUUCACUUAAAAAUAAUAUUGUCAUUAUUGACGAAGCUCAUAAUCUCGUUGACACAGUAACUUCAGUUCACACUGUUCAAAUUGAUUUACCGCAAAUAGUGAAAGUGCACUCACAAUUAAAUGCGUAUCUUGAUCGUUAUAAAAAACGACUGUUGGGAAAGAAUAUAAUGUAUAUUCAGCAAAUUUUGUCGUUGUUGGAUGCUUUAAUAAAAUGUUUAACAUCAUUUGAGAAAAAGUGCGAAGAGAAAGGAAAAGAUAAAGAAGAAAUAUAUUAUAUUAAAUCUGUCAAUGAUUUUUUACAUUUAUUGAAGAUUGGGGAUCUAAAUUUAUUUAAAAUAGAAAAUUAUUUGAAAAAAAGUCAGAUUGCUAGAAAGCUGAAUGGAUUUAUUGAUAAAAUUGAAUCAAGAACAGGUGUUGAAAUUCAUCAAGCGCAGCAAACAAGCUACGAAAAGAAUUCAUCAACUCUUCCAUCUUUAAGCCAAAUUGAAGCAUUCUUUAUGUCAUUAACAAAUGGCAAUCAAGAUGGACGCGUUAUUCUUGGGUUCCAACAAAUAAGUGUUUCUGUUGAAGGAAAACGAGGAGGUACAACAACAAAGUAUGUACCUAUUAUCAAGUAUUUAUUAUUAAACCCUUCGAAUCAAUUUAAGGAUAUAGUGGAAGAUGCGAGAAGCGUUAUCUUGGCUGGUGGUACUAUGGAACCUACCGAUGAUUUAAUAGGACAAUUAAUUCCAUAUCUCCCACCACAAAGAUUAAGUAAAUUUUCAUGUGGACAUAUUAUACCACCUGAAAAUUUAUUGACCUUAACACUGUCAGAAGGUCCUAUGGGAGGGACUCUUGAAUUUACUUUUGAGCGGCGCGGUGAUAUUAAAUUGAUUGAUGAAUUAGGUCAAACUAUUGUAAAUCUUUGUAAUAUAAUACCUGACGGUGUUGUAUGUUUCUUUACAUCUUAUGCGUACUUAGAACAAGUAUAUAAACGGUGGGAACAAAAUGGGAUUUUGGAAAGAAUAAGGAAAUAUAAAAUGAUUUUUCGAGAGCCACGCGAAACGCGAUUGGUUGAUAAAGUUUUAAAUGAAUAUGAUUUACAUAUUCAUUCUUCUAAUAACAAAGAUGGAGCAAUAUUACUUUGUGUUGUAGGUGGCAAAGUGAGCGAAGGAAUAAAUUUUUCAGAUAGGCUAGGAAGAGGAGUAAUAAUGAUUGGAUUACCAUUUGCAAAUUUAACUUCAGUUGGAUUAAGUGAAAAAAUGAAGUUUAUGAAUCAGAUUGGAGAAAGUUCGGCAGGUGAAAAAUCAUCUAAUCCUUCACAACAUGGCAAAGAAUAUUAUCAGAAUUUGUGUAUGAAAGCGGUAAAUCAAUCCAUAGGUCGAGCAAUACGUCAUCAAAAAGAUUAUGCUACUAUAAUAUUAAUUGAUAAAAGAUUUAACACUAAUAAUCAGAUUAGACAAAAAUUGCCUAAAUGGAUAAAACAAAAUGUAACUGAAUGUCGAAAAUUUGGCCAAAUCGUGGGUAAAGUUGCUGGAUUUUUUAAAAAUAAAAAAGAUAUAUUAACUUAG